GUCACAUUACUGCUCCUGCCGCCGGAAGUAGAACUCAGUCCUACGCUCGCCCCCCGGUACUGAAAAUUGUUAAAGGUGGACCAAGUAUAUUGUGAAAAGAUGAAUUUUCAUUUUACAUCUGAUGAUGUUAGUGAAAAUUCGAUUUUUCUUUUUACUGAAAACCAGGAGUCAAACUUAGUGACAUCGACUGAACCCAAGAUGGGUAGAAAGAAAAAAAAGAAAAACCCAGUUGCAAGUAAACCCACUGAUUUGUGGGUUUGCAAGGACUGCAAUUUGGCCUGCCAUACUAAAUUUAAUUUAAUGGCACAUUUACAGGGAAGCAGGCAUAAAAAGCGACUGAAAAGAAUAAGUCCUCUGAACAGGCAGGUUCAGAAUCCACUAUGUGAAUUUGGAAAAGGAUCACAAUGUAAUAAACUAGCUACUGAAGUAAUAGAAGAAACAGAUAAUCAAGUUCAGAAUCCACUAAGUGAAUCUUUGACAGAUCUAGAGAGUUCCAAACCAGUCAUUGGUGUAAUAAAAAAAUCAGACAAGCAAGUUCAGAAUCCACUCUAUGAAUUUGUAAAAAAUUCACAACGUAGUGAACCGGUUAUUGGUCUAAAUCACAUCGUACAGUUUCUUUGUACUUCAGAAAAUGUGAGUCCCCUGUAUUUCUGCAAAUUGUGUGGUGCUUUGUUACGUAUUGAUAUAAUUUUUCAUGUCACUGGCUUGACUCAUCGGAAUAAUUAUUUGCAAAAUCUAUAUCCAGAAAUAGUAUCAUGUGAAGAAAAUGAAGUGAAGCCUAUGAAAGUGAAUACAUUUCUCAAACAGAAGGCUAUGAUGGUUGAGCAAAUGGAGGGACAUGGUAAAAUACAGGAUUUAACCAUUACAUCAUCUGACUAUAUGAAAUUGAAUACAGAAAAUUCUGUUAGUCUGGCUGAACAUCUGCUACAAAAUGCAAGAACCGAAGGCUCCAGUAAAGUGAGUGACAGCCCUACACCAUCUGACCUUACAAGUUGUACAGGAAAUAAAACAGAAAUGCUGGUGCAGCAAAAGAGUAAAGCUGCAGGGACACUAACAAAUGUAAAAAGCCAGACUGAAAAUAAAGAUUUGAUAAAGAGCAAAGGUAAUCAGAGCAACAUCGAAGAAGAUAAAAACUCUGCAUUCCCUGAUCUUACAAAUUUUACAGAUCCUGGAGAAGAGAAGCCACAAGCAGAUUCAACUUCAGGACCAUCCUUUGAUGUACCUAGCCUGCCUAAUGAUUUUGACAAGGACCAGCCUUUGUUAAAUAUGUUGCUGACUGAGGUCUUCAAAUUGAAAACUCAACGUAAAGCAGAAGAAGACUGUUCUACAGGUGCAGAUGCUGCCAUAGCAUCUUGUGAAACCCCAGAAGAAAAAGGACCCCCAACUACAACUACUAAUGAAUUGUGCACGGUGAAUCUUGACUGGUAUCAGAAAUUUUUGAAAACAAAUUACUGGGAGUUUCGUCGAUAUUGUAUGUCUGAAUAUUCCAGAGAAAGUACAUCAUGGUCAGAUUCUUCCAGCGUAUCAUCAAGAACAUACAGAAGCUCCUCAAGUGAGAGCAGGCGUUCUGGCCGAUAUCGCAGGCGUUCUGGCCAAUAUCGCAGGGAUUCUGACAGUUAUAGUAGGGAUUCUGAUCAUGACAGCAGGGACUCUGGCCGUUAUCGCAGCAGCAGGGACUCUGGCCGUUAUCGCAGCAGCAGGGACUCUGACCGAUAUCGCAGCAGCAGAGACUCUGACCGAUAUCGCAGCAGCAGGGACUCUGACCGAUAUCGCAGCAGCAGGGACUCUGACCGAUAUCGCAGCAGCAGGGACUCUGGACGAAAUCGCAGCAGCAGGGACUCUGGCCGGGAUAGCAGGGUUUCAGACCACUAUACUAGAAAUUUUGACCGCCAUGGUCAAAGAGAGACAGACCACGGUCAACAUACUGCUGACAUUAGUCAAAUGGAUUCUGAUCAUGGUCACAGAAAUUUCAAAAGUGCUCAGAUUGAUUUUGGCCAUGGUCACCAAAAUACAGACAAUGGUAGAAUGGACACUGAUCAUAAUCGCUGGCAUGUGGACAGUGGUCGAACAGAUGCAGAUUGUCACAGGAAUUCUGGUGGUGGUCAAACAGAUUCCAACCAUGGCUUUGGAACUGCUAAAGGUCACAGGAAUGAUGACCACCGUCAAAAGAAGAAUCUUCAUACAAAAGCAUGGCAUUCUGAAAGAAGUGGUGCUUCAAAAUUUCAAAUUGAGAAUAGAAAUAGGUCCAAUAUUCCUAAACAAUUAUCUGUACCUUAUACUGUCCCUGACUACUAUUCAUUGAUUACAGGCUCUCAAAGUGCAGAAUGUGGAGAUGGUGAUAGGAGUCCAGUGAGAUAUCCACAUCUUCCUACUCAAAUACAGCAAGACAGCUCCCUGACCAGUGAAUACUUAAAGGAUUACAAAACGGAAAACCAUUCAUUAAAGAACGAGGCCCCUUUAGGGUGGAGAAAUAUUUUUUAUAGUAAGAAAAAUAAUAAAGAAGAAAAAUAUCCAAAACGUACAACAUCAAAAAAUAAACCUUCAGCACGAGUACCUCCAGAGUUAUCAAAUUAUAGGCUUUCCUCAGAUCUUCAGCUUUCAAAAGAUAAUGAAAAAUAUGUAGACACUAGAAGUAGUAUACCUUUAAAAAAUAUCAAAAAUUCUCAAACGCCAACAAAAAAUGAACACUCUGUUUUACAUUUUGGGAACAAUUACUCUGAACAGAAAAUGGGAAUUAGAGGCCCUGAAAAUAUUUCAAGUAUGAAUUAUUUUGCCUCAGAUACAAGAAGUAAAAGAAUCGAUGAUGUUUCCAAACGUAGCAAUUCCACGUGUUACCAGGAUAAGAAAUAUUCUGAUUCCUCUCCAGGAAGCAAAUAUACUAAUGCUUUUCAAAAUGAAAACUAUGUGCUGGCAGAAUCAAAAAGUCCAUACUCAGCAUCCUUUCCAAAUGCAGUAUGCUUUGAAGAUGCUUCAAGAAUUCAGCCAUAUACACCUGUUCCUGAUCAGGAAUACCCUGAUGUUCCAUCAAUAGACAGAUACAUGGGUGAAACAUGUGCUCACAGUGUUUCUGAAGGAAAAUUCUUACCAACUACCCUUUCAAGAAGUAAAUACCCAGAAGAAUGCCUUGAAAGGAAAUACCUUGUUUCAGAAGGAAAAUAUCCUGAAAAUAUACCAGAAAAUAACAUUUCUUUAAGUAAGAAAUAUAUUGAAGAUACCUUAGGAAACAGACAUUCCACAAAUGCUUCAUAUUAUAAAUAUGAAGAAGCUACUUCCUGGAGUAAGACUAACAGUAAAUAUUCUCCAGAACCUCCAUUGCAGUUGUUUUCACCAACUGUUCCUGAAAAUAAAUUACCUGCUAGCUUUCAAGACAAAGAGUAUUGUGAAGAUAAUAUGCAGUCAGAAUACCCAGAAAUACCACAGUUAAGAAAGAGAAUAAGAGCAGAUGAGUGUGACUCUGAUGCAUUUGCUGUACACAAUAAUAGUGGAGAUUUGCAGAGUGGCUUAGCAGACCCUUCACCUAAAAUUCCUACAUUAGAUCAUUUGGAUCAAUUAAAGUUUGAAUUCAGAACAUCUGAAACUUCCAGUUCAAGAAGUUAUGUCCGAGUCCGGUUGGGUCCGGGUCCUCCAAAGACAGAUGGCAGUGAACAGACUAGGACUAUACCUUGGUAUUCUGAGCGAAUUCCUUAUGCUCACAGUUUUUCUUAUUCUUCAAGCUCUGCAAUAUCUCCUGCUGAAUGUUCAGAGACAUCUCAUAGCAUGGACUCUGCAAGCCCUCUCAGUAAAUCCACCGUCAAAUGGGAUAGUUCAUUAAACCUUACAGGAGAUCAUGCUUCCAACAUCUCACUUGGGAGUUCAUCAGCAUCAAGCUCCUGGCCACAUGGAUUUAAUUAACUUGAUAUGGGGCAUUGUUUUCAUAUCUUCCUCUAUUCAGUACAAAUAGCAUUCUACUGUGUCGAGCGCAAAAGUACCAACAUAUUACAAACAUACCUUGGCCUAAGUUUGCAAUGGCACUACAGGGAGGGAAAAAGGUUAAUUGAAUUUGAACAUUGAUUACUGGAUGACUUUAUAAAAUAGAUUUAAUGAUUAUUAAAGUAUAGUUUUCUUUGUUCAUAAAGGAUAUCUUUAUAUAUUUAUGAUAAAACAGGCUUCAGCAGGGGCCAACAUUGAGAAACUGCGAACUAUAAUUAAACAUCACUGUGUGAGCAAAAUAAGUUGAGAUCACAAUUGAAAAUAGCUAUAUUAGGCAUGUAUCGAUACUGAUACUGGUAUUGGGUUUUGGUCUGAUACAAUGGUCAUGUACUUGUGAAAAUGCACCAAUGCCUAUGACUGAUACUAUUGACAUGCAAAUGUGAUUGUAUGAACAUUAAAAAGCAAAAAAAACAAA